AUGGCACAUGAUGUUUUGGAUCUCUCGGGCUUGCAGACUGAGGCCAUUAAUGAACUCACCAGCCAUAUUGACAGGGGUUCGACUCUGCAGAUGUGUGCCAUCAUAAACGACGAGGAUAAAACAGUGGCAGACAGCGUGACCCCCUGUAUAGGGGAUAUCGCGCGGGCAAUAGACUUGUUACUUCCUCGUGUCCGUUCGGGUGGGCGAGUCAUUUAUGUUGGCGCAGGGACAAGCGGCAGAUUAGGAGUAUUGGACAGUUCAGAGAUACCUCCUACUUUUGCAGCACCGCCUACCCAAUUCGUCGGCUUGAUAGCAGGAGGAGAUGCCGCGAUUCGUCAGGCACAAGAAGGGGCAGAAGAUAGCCCUAUAGCCGGCAAAGAUGAUUUGGUAGCGUUAAACCUAGACGCUGAACGUGAUAGCGUUAUCGGUAUCGCGGCAUCUGGUCGCACGCCAUACGUCCUUGGAGCGCUUGAAUAUGCCAAGGGCGUGGGCUGCCUCACGAUUGGAGUGGCGUGUGUAUCCCCAUCAGAGAUGGGGCAAUUGGGCGCCCUCGAUGUGAUGAUAUCACCUUUGCCUGGUCCUGAAGUUGUCACAGGAAGCACAAGACUCAAGGCGGGCACUGCAACGAAGAUGGUGUUGAAUAUGCUAAGUACUGGGACUAUGAUUAAGGCCGGUAAAACAUCUGGAAACAUGAUGGUGGAUCUGAUUGCAUCGAACAAGAAGCUCAAGCAAAGGUCGCGAAAUAUUCUUCGGAAAGUCAGCAAACACUGCUCUUUGAUGGCCGACCACGAUCUUGACGACCUUCUUGCUCGCUGCAAUGGUAGAGUAAAACUCGCAAUUGUCGUCGCAGAGAAGGGCACCUCGAUAGAACAGAGCCAGCUCGAGCUAGAUAUGGCCCAGGGAGUUCUUGCUAAGGUCCUCGCUCACGAAAACGGGAGCCAAGUUGAGCAACCCCUGGUGAAUGGGUCUAAUCGCCACCGAGCAGUGCUUUGCAUAGAUGAAUACGACACUUCAAUGAAUUCAGUGAUUACAGCUGCGCGCAAGGCACUGAAAAAUCUCCCUCGGACAACUCAGGAACUCAACGGUAUCAACGGUUCAAUUCAUUCAUCGAACAAUCAAGAAUCUUUCUCUUCUAUCUGGGUUGCUGCUGCCGGAAUGGACCGCCCAGGAAUGAAAGAACGUGUACAAGCGACCAUCACACAGCAAUUGGACCUUGAUAAGUCGGUACAGGUGCGAGUAUCCAACGACGUAGACCUGCUAGCUGCAGCCAUGGUACGGCAUCCCGAGGUUUCUUCUAGCCUUGUUGUUAUUGCCGGUACUGGUAGCAUCGCCAUUCGCUAUGCUCUUGAGAGCAAUGAUGGUACACCAAAACGAGUUGCACGUGCUGGAGGAUGGGGUCAUCUCCUUGGGGACGAGGGUGCCGGGUUUGCAAUUGGAAGACAAGCUGUCCGGAAGACGUUGUGUUCUUUAGAGGAGAUAAACCUGGGUCACCGAAGAGCCGGACUUAGUCCACUCGACACCAAAGUUGUGGAAUUCUUUUCGGGAUCGCUGCUGGGAAGAGAGAGCGAUCUCAGUAAUAUCGACCUGCUAAGCAACGUCCUAACAGCAAGCGACGAGGGAACUGCCAAAGGCCGAAUUGCAAGCAUCGCCCAGACAGUUCUUGAUUUGGCUGGAGCCGGGAACGCCGAGGCCGUGGAUAUCAUCUCUCAGCAAGUAUCAAAUUUUGUCGACAAUACUUUGCGUCGUUUGCUCAAUCCCCAGUCGCAGGGGUAUGUAGAUCCUUCAAGGUGCGGUCUCAUUCUUUCCGGCAGCGUGAUGCUCCACAGCGUCUACCAGACCGUUUAUCAACUUGCUUUAGCAAAGCAUGGGAUUAGGUUCUGCUACACAGAAGCUGUUCCUAAUGCGGCCGUUAUCGGGGUUGAAUAUCUAUUGGCAUCAGAGGCCCGCCCGAAGCUGUCAAAUGGAGUAUCUUGA